CAAGUUCAACUUGCUGAAAUUUUACUUCCUUCUACAAUUUUUUUUGAUAACUCACGAUGUCCAUCAAUUUUAAUCUACGGGCCAAGGUGCUGCUGCAUCCCUUGGUGCUUUUUCAAAUUAUCGACGCCUACGAGCGCCGACCAAAAGAUGCCGCACAGGUAAUGGGCACUUUGCUGGGCCGCAACAACGGCAAGGAUGGGCAAACCGAGAUUACCAAUUGCUUCACUGUGCUGCACAAGGAACAUCCGGACUUGAACCGCAUAGAUUUGGAUCUCUCCUAUGCUACCGAUAUCUUGGAGCUUAAUAUGCUGACCUAUCCGCAAGAGCGUGUGCUGGGAUGGUUCUCCACUGGAAAAUCGGUGUCGCGCUCGGCGUCCCUGCUGCACGAUUAUUAUACCAGGGAAUGCGGCGAUUUGCAACCAUUGCACCUGCUGGUGGAUGCAACCCUGAAAGGCCAGAGACUUUUGCCGCGACUGUACUGCGCCGUGGAGAUCGGAGUGCCCGGCGGCACCAAAGGCCUGAUGUUCUCGAUGCUGCCGCUGGAGAUGACCAGUGAAAAUUCGGAAGUUGUGGCCCUCCGUUUGAUGGAGAAGCAAUCGAUGCAGCCGGCAGCCAAACAAACGGGUCGCAUUCUGCCGGAAUUGGUUCAAGUUGUGGAUGCCACCAGGGACUUGCAACAGCGUCUGGAUUUGGUGCUGCGCUACAUCAAUGAUGUUUUGGCCCGUAAGAGAAAGCCUGAUAAUGUGGUUGGCCGGGCCCUUCACGAUGCCCUCACCUCGGUUCCGGUCGUGGAUUCCGAAACCUUCCGCCUGAUGUUCAAUGCCAACUUGCGCGACAUGUUAAUGGGCAUCACCCUCUCCAUGAUGAUAAAAACCGAGCUGCAGAUCGGUGAGAAGUUGUUCGGAAUGCACGAUCCGUGA